AAUGGCAAUUGAACAAUGGAAGCACGAUAUGGUACAUGCGAUGACUCCUUUCAAAUUGAUUACAUGGCCUAUCGGUGUAUGGCCCCUUCAAGUUUAUAACAUUUAUUCAUUGUUACGUUGUGCCUUAGCUACUUUUUGUGCGAGCCUAAUUGUGAUCUUGCCUUCCAUGGAGUUAUACAUGGGCUGUACUGACAUAGAGGAGAAUAUAGACUGUCUGACACUAAUCUGUUGUGGAUUGCUCGGUGUACUGAAGACGACAUGGUUCCGCAUUUAUGCAAAUAGUUUAAUUAUCAAUUACAACUCUGCUCUAAACGAUUAUCUAACGAUUGACAAUAUAAAGGAGCGCGACAUUAUGCGAAAACAUUCUUUCGUAGGAAGAAUUCUUUGCCUUUCCUUACUAGUCUUUACUUACUUUAGUUGUCUAAUAUAUGGGGUAACUCCUUUUUUGAAUUACAAUCAAGAUAAUUUUAUUAACAUAACGAAUGAAGAUACAGUAUCGAAAUAUGCAAUACCAUCGAGAUGCGCUCUGGAAUAUUUCAAUUUUCCAACGAGCUUAUAUAAAAUCUCCUGUCUCAUCGAAGCUGUUAUACUAAUCAUAGCAGCUACAACAAAUCUUGGUAACGACGCAUUGUUUCUCAAUAUUACAUUGCAUGUUUGUGGUCAAGUGAACAUUCUGAGACUCCAUUUCAUGAACUUUGAUGUCACAAGUCCACGAAUAUAUGAUCGUUUCAACGUGCUAAUUCAAAGACAUUGUUACCUGAUAAUGCUAGUUAGAGAACUUGCCGAUUUAAUCAGUUUUGUAUUGCUAAUAGAACUAUUUAUUAUCAGCAUAUUAAUAUGUAUAAUGGGAUUUCAGGUCAUCCUCGCAUUGACAGUCAAUGAUAUAGUUAUGAUAGGAAAGAGUUUAAUGACACUGAGCGCCUUCCUGAUACAAUUAACGUUAUAUAGUUUUAUCGGGAAUUAUCUGAAAUCUGAAAUGGAAGAGAUAGGGAUUUCUAUUUAUCAAAGUGCUUGGUACAGUUUUCCUAGAAAAUUGGCAAGAAACGUAAUCUUUAUUCUUAUGCAAACAAAAUCUCCAGUUGCGUUACAGGCUGGAAAUUUCAUCGUAGUCAAUCUGUCAACUUAUGUGAGCAUUUUAAAGACUUCUUUCUCAUAUUUGUCUGUACUUCGUAUAAUGCUCGAAGUGUGAAAAGUAAGAUGUAAUUAAACAAAAUACUUAAAAACUGUAAACAUUUUAUACUUUCGACAUAGUAUGAUAUAAUGAUUUUAAA